AUGAUUUUCUCCCAAAUCUGGUUUACAGUCUCCUUGUUGAUCAUUUCAACAAUCAACUUCACAUCUGCAUACACGAUCAAGUUUGUCAACAAAUGCUCUUACACCGUCUGGCCGGCCAUCGGUGCUGCACCAAACGGUCAGCCAAAUAAUUCCAUCCGUUUCGGUGAUCGUUUAAGUCCAGGCUGUGAUGGCUCGGGUGCGAAUUGCCAGGCGGGCGCAUGCAACGGCGGCUUGGUAUGCAAUGAUGCCGGGAUUACUUCUCAUGCAAUUUUGAGCGAAUUCGGUUAUGGGUCAUAUGAUCGCGAAUAUUGGGACUUAUCUUUUGUCGGUGGAUCAGUCAAUAUUCCUACUGAAUUACACAGCUCAGACGGUCAAACCGUUAUUUGCAAAGACAACAAUUGUCCGACCAAUCAAGCAUUCCAUAACCCUAAUGAUUUCCAAGCCGUUCGUAGCUCUCCUGUUGGUGGUACGUUUACCCAUACCUUCUGCCCCUAAGCUUUCUUCAGGGAAAUGAUUGAUAAAAUUGGAGCGCAGCAAGUUGAGCUUCUAUGUCGGGCCAUAGAUGCAAAG